CAACAGAUAUGAAUGAAUCCGAGGCUUGCCAUGGUGGAUACUUAGAGAAGAGGCAGGGCGUUAGGUCGACCAAGAAAUUAUGGUUCCAGCUGAAUGGACGGGAGCUGAAUUAUUAUAAAUCGAAUCCAGCGAGAGAGCCGCAGAGUCCGAAGGGAAGCAUCAAUUUAGAUGGAGUACAGACGGUGAAACGAACGUCAACCCAGACCCACCACUUUGUACAGAUUACGACAGCGAAAGACACACUGCGUUUGAAAGCAGAAAGCGCAAGUGCAUGCGAUGAAUGGGUGUCAAAGUUACACGACGCGAAUGCGGCGACGAUCCAUCGUAUACCUAAACCCCCCUGACACUCAAACGCCCCCAAUAGUGAGAGGGAAAUCCAGCCAUCGUGGUAUUAAGCCAUUAUCCAUUGUGACGGAAGACCAGGAAGCUUGUCGGCAAUCCAAACAACCGGAAGAAACUCCUGAUUACGAUUUAAUGCAAUCGCCAACC